AGGACUGAGAGGGCAGGACAUUUUUCUUUGCCACAACGUGUCUUGCCAGAACAGAGGGAGCAAUAGGGUUGGGAAAGAAACCAAAGAGAAGAGUGCGUGGUGAGGGAAGGGGGGUGAUCAGGAGCGCGAGAGCAAUAGAUCAAAGUAAUGGGGAAGGAUCUCACGGAAGAGCAGGUGGCAUCCAUGCGGGAGGCUUUCAUGCUGUUCGACACCGACGGAGAUGGCCGGAUCGCACCGUCGGAGCUUGGAAUCCUCAUGCGUUCGCUGGGCGGGAACCCAACGCAGGCCCAGCUGAAGGCAAUCGCAGCUGAGGAGGGGCUGACAUCGCCCUUCGACUUCAACCGCUUCUUGGAACUGAUGCGGAAGCACUUGCGAGCGGAGCCCUUUGAUCGCCAACUCCGUGACGCUUUCAAAGUCCUCGACAAGGAUUCCACAGGCUUCGUUUCGGUUGCCGACCUCCGCCACGUCCUUACCUCAAUCGGCGAGAAACUCGAGCCUAGUGAGUUUGACGAGUGGAUCCGCGAGGUUGAUGUGUCGCCGGACGGCAACAUCCGUUACGAGGACUUCAUCCUGCGCAUGGUCGCCAAGUGAUCCUUUCUACUGUUAUUUUAGGCAUACUAUUGGCAUGAAUGAUGUGCGAGAACUUGGUAAAUUAGAUGGUAAACUAGCUUCUAUGCAAGUCUGAAUGCUGUUUAAAUGUUGAAGUUAUUUUGGAACAAGGAAUGGAGGUCCCUGGAGCUCAACCUAAUCUCUAAACGGAUUUACUUUGCAUUUUAAGGCGGUUUAUUGAAUGAAACAACUUCUUUAUGUCCCCUAAAGCUAUUUAGUUGUUUUUAUCCUAUAGCUUUUUAGAAGUUAAUUA